AUGACAGAGUGCAAUGCCAUCUACGAGGGCCGUUACCUCCUCGGUACCAGCUUGGCCCGUCCCGUCAUCGCUCGCGCUCAGAUGCGCGCUGCCCAGCGCGAAGGCUGCCAGUUCGUCUCGCACGGCGCCACUGGCAAGGGUAAUGACCAGGUCCGUUUCGAAUUGGCUUUCUACGCCAUCCAGCCCUCCAUCAAGAUCAUCGCCCCUUGGCGUGAUCCCAAGUUCUUCAAGCGUUUCGCCGGCCGUAACGAUCUGCUGGACUACGCUGCCCAGACUGGCAUUCCCGUCACCUCCACUAAGGCCAAGCCCUGGUCGAUGGAUGCCAACUCUGCUCACUGCAGUUACGAGGCUGGUGUCCUCGAGGACCCCGACCACACCCCCCCCGCCGACAUGUGGACCAUGACCAACGACCCCCUGAACGCCCCCAACGAGCCCGUCGACAUCUCCAUCGAGUUCGAGAAGGGUAUCCCCGUCAAGGUCACCACCCCCGAGAAGACUUACACCGACCCUGUCGAGCUCUUCAAUGCGCUUAACAAGCUCGGAUACACCCACGCUAUCGGCCGUAUUGAUAUCGUUGAGAACCGUUUCAUCGGUCUGAAGAGCCGUGGCUGCUACGACUCCCCCGCCAUGACCAUCCUGCGUGAUGCUCACCUUGACCUUGAGGGUCUCGUCCUGGACGGCCAGGUCCGCUCCCUCCGUGACCAGUUCGUUACCCACAACUGGUCCAUCCUGCUCUACAACGGCUACUACUUCAGUGCCGAGCGUGAAUUCAUCGAGAACAGUCUCGUCUACAGCCAGAAGCGCGUCAACGGCCAAGUCCGCAUGCGCCUCUACAAGGGCAACGCCUACGUCCUCGGCCGCUCUAGCAACACCGAGAAGCUCUACUCUGCCGAGGAAGCCUCCAUGGACUCUCUGGAGGACUUUGAGCCUACCGACACCACCGGCUUCGUUGCCAUCCAGUCGAUCCGUCUCAAGAAAUACGGUCUCCAGAAGGCCGAGGAGGGCGAGUCCCUCAGCCGUGCUUAA